CGCCCGCUCAAGAGGGAGCGGCGGCGGCAGCGGCGGCUUCGUGGCCGGGCAGCCGUGAGGGGAGCGGCGCGGGGGCAGCCGCCUGGGUGUGGGCGUGGGGUCUGUCAGGCCGGUGUGUCCUGCUGGGAGGUCCUUUUGUGAGGGGGGAGAGAGGCCCUCUGUCUGCCCCAGGGCUGCAUGCAGCAGGAGAGAAUUGCUAGAAAACACAAGCACUUUGGGCUGUUAUCUGGAGGAGCUGAGUAUGAUUAAGGAACAUGAGACUAUGUGCAGGGAAUCUCAGCAGGACAGUCUGAAGAUCAAACGAGCGAUAGUUACAGUUCCUAGAAGCAUGAGCAUUUAGCUCUUAUUGGAAGAUUUAGCACAUCAGAUCAAUCGCGUUGUUUAAGAACAUUAUCCUCUCCAGAGGUCAGAGUCCACAGAAGCCUGUCAUGCAUAUAAAUAAAAAUAUUACUAAUUAAUUCAUUGGCUGUUCUGAAGUUCACAGAAUGUAAGGAUAUCUUUUGAAGUAAGAGAAAUGAAAAAACAAACUCCUCAUCUCAGGGUAAUGACUCACAGAAAUACAUCUGUGGAAGAAGGCAGUGAUGACGUAAAUCCAAGUUCCUCUGAAAAAGUUAGCAAAGAAAAUGCCACAUGUAGUCAUGAAAGUCGUGUUGUAAAACUGCCUGUAAUAGCAUCAUUUGCAGGUACCACUAAAAAAGUCGUCAUGGUUAAGCACCCAGCACCACUUCAGAAUCCAAGUUACUGCAGGUCUAAUCUUCACACUAGUAAUUCCCCUGAGUCAUUAGGAAAGACAAAAGCUGUUAGUAAAGUAAAGGAUAGAGUGCAUAUACUAAAGAUGAAUCCCCAAAUUAUAGAAAGGGAUAGAACUGAAGAAAUAGGCACUGUGUUUAAAGAUAGUGGUAAGUUUAGCUCUACGGAUUUGGAUACAAAUAAAAACAUUUCCAGGAAGGAAAAAACAACCAGGGAAAGCUGUAAGAAGGGGAGCAAAGCGAUUUCAAAAGCAAAGCAGCAAGAUUUAAAUGUUGAAUCAGGACGAGUGCUGAGAAAAGGAAGCAAGCAGCCAAGUGUGAGGUCUGCUCGAGAACAGUUGGAAGAGGCACGAGAUGUGACUAGACCAGACACUUCAAAAAUAUACGAGAACUUCCAGCAGAGCAAACCUGAAGAGCCUACUUCCACACCAGCAUUGCCUGUGAACGUGGUUGCAAGGUCUGUUGAUGAAAUAACUGCUUCCCUGCAGUCUACUUCUCCAUCUCCCUCAGACCAGACGAUCAAAGAACUCCUGGAGAGUGUUCUUGGCCAGAAAUACAACUUAAAAAUGGAACAGGUACUGGUUGAACAUAAGGAAAUAAAAACUGAAUCUCAAGAUAGCAAAGAAGUCCUGCCAAGUUUUCACCAAGCAAGCCUGACACCAGUUGUUCAAAAAGAACCUCAAGCAGUUCAAUCUCAGCCUACAGAAGAGAGAUUAACAAGUAAUAAUCAGGUGAAACAGGCUCCAUCUGCAGAUACGCUACAGGUGGAAGGAAAAGCAAUAUCAAAAAUUAAACCAGUUGAAAUUCAGAAAGAGCUACAAGAGGAACACAACUUGCAACAGUCUUUGUCUUUCCUGUCCACUCAUGCUUCAAAUGUCAAAGGUCAACAUUAUCCAAGCAUUCAUCAUCUAUGUACUGCUUUUCCUGGUUUUACAUUACCUCCAUAUUUACAAUUGGCUUCUAGAAUUUAUCAUACUUUCGACAGAAAAGGUCACAAUAUCUUGUUUACAGCAGAGGACAUGGACAAUAAGCAAGAAGAACCAAUCUGCUCCAAAUAUAUUUAUUUGAAAGAGCAAGCUGAAAGGAAGAGACUUUGUUAUGAAGGAGUUCCUGUUUCAGAACAGUUCCAGAAUAACCAAACAGCUGGGACUCACUCUCUUCCUCACACACCAAAAACUCCAGCUGAUUGGCCAAUAUUAGCUGAAUAUAGUCUUAAAAAAACACAGCUGCAACUGGUAGGAGAGAAAGUUUCAAUUUAUCCAGAAGCUUUAAAAAUGUUUUGGGCUCCUGUUCCACCAAAAUUCUUUGCUCCAAUUUCUUCUAUGAAGGAAAUUUUAUUUCCUAAAUAUGAGAGCAAUGUUAUUGAAGAUGUUGUAUUUGAAGACUUUUUAAUUGAUUAUGAAGAGUUAGAAGCUGAGCAAGAUGAUCAUGAUUUCUAUGACUAUGUCCAGGCAAAAACUCUGAGAAGAUGCCAGUCCCUGCCAAAUUUUUCUGACAGUGACAACUCAGAGAUAAGUUUAAUUAAGAGAUCAGUGUCAGCUGUGGAGGUGGCUGCUUUCAAAUGUGAAACUAAUUUAAAGAUGUCAGCUAAUUUCAAAACCAGCAUGAAAGAGUUGGAGGUUAUGAAGCAACAGAUAGCUGAGCCAAAGGUUGAGAGAGAGAUUGGGAAAAGCUCCCCUACCAAGCAUGUAUUGAAUCAAGCCUGUGAUGAUCCUCAGUCAAUGCAGACAGACACACCAGUGGAAAAAAUGCCUACUUCAACUGGACAAGAGGAUAGUGAGAAUAUUUUACUUGUCCAGAGAGCUGAAAAGGCUGGAAUUAAAUACACCAUUUUCCCAAGAAGAAAGAAAACAAAGAAAUCAAAGAAAACAAUAAAUCCUAGAAAACUAGAAGCUGUGAUUAAGAAAUUAAUUCAACCCCCAAGGAUUCUUAAAAGGUCCGUGUCUCUGGGAAGACUUCCUACUCACGACAAAUUCAUUAUCAAGUUGUCUCCAGAAAUCAAAGAAUACCGGAGCCCCAGCACUCCUUGUUUGUUAGAUUUUGAAAAGUUUGCGAGAGUGAGGGGUGGAAUUCCAAAAGAAACUUCUGCUCGUGCAUGGGUCAGUGCAAUCUGGAACAGCUGGUUUGAUGAAACUUUCCCUCCUAGUGAGAAUUCUUCUGAGGGUAUUGAGCUACUAAAAGGGACUAAUGCAGUGGACUCUCAAGAAGCAAAUCUACCAAUAGAAUUAGUUGACUCAAUACAGCCUGUUCUGCUUGAAGGUGAAACAGUUAGUAUUGAUGAUUUAGAAGAAGAAGUAAGAAGACUAACCGAGGUAAUAGAAAAGGAUGAGCAUCCUUCAGCUUUUCACUACUGCAGGCGUGGAGCAAUACAAAAAAAGUUAGGGAAGUUAAAGUCAGCUAUGGAAGACUUGGAAAAAGCUAUAAGUUUAGAACCGCUACUACUUGAUGCUUACUGGCAUAGACAUUUGAUUUACCUCUUUCAAGAUAAAAUUUAUGCUGCUUUGGAUGACCUGAAUUUCAUAACUAAAAUGAACAAAAAUAAGGCAGAUACGUACUUGUCAAAGGCUGAAAUUUACAGAAAACAGGGUGAUAAUACAUUGGCAAUCAUCAAUUAUAGUUCUGCAAUACAAUGCUGCCCAACAGAUGAUGACAUUUAUUUCAGGAGAGCUGAGAUGUAUUUUGAGGAAAAUCAGUUAUUAUUGGCCAUGGAUGAUUAUGCCAAAUGUUUUCAGUAUAACCCAAAAAGAACAGAUGCACUUAUGAAACAUGGAAUAUAUUUCUUUGACCGUUCAGUUUUGACUACAGCUAUUCAGGAUUUUACAGCUGUGAUCAGGGAAGACCCUGGCAAUGCUCAGGCAAGGCUGUAUCGAGGAAGAACGUAUGCUAAACAACAGCAAUAUAGAAAUGCAAUACAAGACCUAGCAGCAGCAAUUCAUCUAGACCCAUCUUGUUGGCAAGCAUUCUAUUAUAGAGGUUGCAUUUUACAACAGGUUGAUCCAAAAAGAGCUCUUCAGGACUUCAGUGUUUCUGUACUCAUCAAUGACACUCCGGAAAAUUUCUGUUCUUUCCUUCAUCGUGGGAUCAUUUACUCAAAGCAGUGUCAAUGGUCACUUGCAAUCUGUGACUUUGAAAGUGUCAUAGCUUUGAAUAGCUCUGUCAUCUUUGCUUACCUAAAUAUUGGUUUGAUACUGCUGUUGCAUCUGGAUCAAUACUAUGAAGCUAUUCGACAGUUUACUAAUGCAAUUAAAAUUGAUCCUCUCAAUGUUCGAGCCUAUUUAUGUAGAGCACAAGCAUAUCAUAAGAUUCAUAAUUUAUCAAAUGCUGUGAAAGAUAUGAAUCGAGCCAUUCAUCUUUAUCCAAAUAAGUCACAACUGAGGAUAUUAAGGGGACGGUAUUUAAUGGAGUUGAAGAAAUAUGAGCUGGCAAGUUUGUGUAUUCACCAACUUGCAGAAAUAGAUGAAGAAUCCUUUAAGUCUCAGCCUGUUCAGCAAGCACUCAUUCAGUCAUUUUGUCAAAAUCACAAUAAAGCCAUAGAGAGCUUACGCAAAGCUACAGCAACUCAGCCUGAGCCUUCAAUGUUUGUUCUUCUAGGAAAAAUACAAAUGAAAGCUGAGAAAACAAAGGAUGCUGUGAAAAGUUUUAAACAAGCUAUAGAGCUUCAGAUGACCUCAGCAAAAAUCCUACAUAAUGCAUUUGAGGUGGCUGAAAUGUAUUAUCUUAUGGGCCUGUGUUAUAUGGAACAAACAAAUUUAUUACAGGCCCGUGAUGCUUUUAAUAUGGCUAUCAGACUACAUUCAAGAUACCCUGAUGCUUUUUAUCAGCGAGGGCUGUGUAGAAUGCAGCUCGGACAAGCUAAGUGCAUCCGAGAUUUCAAUAGAACACUUGCCCUUUGUCCAUCACACUUCCAGGCAUACAUGAGUCGUGCCGCUUACUAUGGAAGUAAAGGCAGAUACUCUAAGGCAAUUAUGAAUUGUAAUGAGGCAAUCAAAAUUCUUCCUAACAGUGCGAGAGCUUAUUUUUACCGAGGAACUUUGAAAUAUCAGAAUAAGACAUUUAAAGCUGCUAUUGAAGAUCUCUCAAAAACUAUUGACCUCAACAAAACCUGCAUGUUGGCAUACUAUAACCGAGCAAUCUGUUAUCAUCAAAUAAAGAACUUCAGACAGGCUUUGAAAGACUAUGGAAUUCUUAUUCUGCAUGAAUUGAGUAAGGAAAUAAUUUUUAAAGUGUUAAUUAAUCGUGGGCUACUCUACAUGGAAGUUAGUGAUUAUGCUAAUGCAUGUGAGGACUUUAAAGAAGCAGCAUUGCUUAGUCCAGGUGAUCUUUCAAGCAAGAUCUUUCAAGCUAUUGGAAUCUGUUAUCAUAGACUUAAUGAAUUUGAAGAAGCUGUGAGAUCAUUUAACCAGGUUAUCAAACUAGAACCCCUUUCUGUGGAUGCCUAUAUUGGACGAGGAAAUUCUUACAUGGAAAGUGGACAUGAGGCUGGUCUUAAACUAGCACAGAAAGAUUUCGUGAAAGCAAUUCACCUGAAUCCAAUGUGUACGAAAGCCAGAAUUUGCUUAGGAUACAACUUGCAGGUCCAUGGAAAGCUUCAGAGAGCUUGGAACCAGUUUACAGUUGCCAUUGUUAUUGAUCCAAAGUGCUAUGCUGCAUACGAUGGACGAGCUUCGGUCUGUCUUCAGAUGGGUGAAAAUUUUGCUGCAUUUCAGGAUAUAAAUGCUGCAUUAAAGCUCACUACUACUGCCCCACUGCUAACAAAUCGGGGUGUCAUCAAUCAGUUAAUGGGGUAUCUAUCCUGUGCCAUGAAGGACUAUCAACAAGCAAUUUCUGUUGACGCCAAUUACGCAUUAGCUUACUUCAGCGCAGCAAAUAUUUACUUCCAUAAUCAUCAAUUUUCACAGGCCUAUUGCUAUUAUUCCAAGGUAUUAAAGCUUGAGCCAAGGAAUGAAUCUGCUAUUAUGAAUCGUGCUAUUACAAAUACAAUAUUAAAAAAUUUCGAAGAAGCAAGAGAAGACUUUGAGAAGGCAGUUUGCCUCUGUCCAUUCUCUGCAGCAGUGUAUUUUAACAGGGCAAAUUUCUAUAAUGGAUUAAAGCAAUAUGAACAAGCUGAGAAAGACAUUUCAACAGCAUUGUCAAUUCAGCCUAAUGAUGCCUUGAUGUAUAGACUUAGAGCUGAUAUUCGUGCUAAAUUGGGUUUCAAUAAAGAAGCUGUAGAAGACUACAAACAAGCAAUCAGCAUACAAGAACAGAUUGAUUGCGUAUGAAAAUACAUCAGUUCUAUUUACAGAUUUCUUAGACUUCUAAUUAAAGUCCAACAUGCAAAGAAAUAUAUCUUUAUUUUUAUAUAUUUUACACUUUUUAUUUUCCUAAAUAAUAUAAUUAUCUUGAUUCAAUCCCAAACUAGCUGGAGUUACGAGAAUAGAAUGCCACAUUUUAUUUUUAUGAGUUACAGAUUGUUCUUUAUUUGUUAAAGAGAGAAUUGAUUGUGUUGUACAGUAAAUGAAGAACAGAGAAGUAGUAGUUAUAAGCAAGAGGCUUCAAUCAUAUUGGCGACAGAAUGAGAGGAGAGACAAUUCCCUGGCCAGGUGACAUCUGAAGUGUUUGGAUAUCAAACCUUAUAAGACGGCUGCCAAACGCCUGUGACUGCUCACUAGGCCUCACUUUCUACCUUACCUCUUUCCAGUUCCCUGUCACUCACACUAGACAUUGUGCAAGGUACAUGUUACAGAGCAUGAGAACUACUCCAGAAACUGAAAUUUGAGAAGGUGAUUCAUUCUGAGAGUAAAAAAUUGAGGUCAUUUGCUUCCACUUAAAUAUGUUACACUGUCAGCUUGAAGAGGCAUGUAAAAAUGCAUAAGUAAUAGAUCUUAGAUCUUAUUAUUAUUAUUAUUAUUUUUUUUUUUUGGUUCUAAAUUGUGAGAGUGGGCUUAAGAAUAGGCUUUUAUCUAAACAUGGAGAUUGAAGUGUGAAUCAGCAUGAACAAAAUUUAAAAACUGUCAGUCCCUACCCAGGUGCUAAAUUAAACCCUCCAAAUCUGGUACAACGAGGUGAAGACAGCAAAAGGAUGAAGCGAAACAGAUGUGUUUGUCUCAGAAAAGAGAAAAAGAAGGAAUCUUAAGGUCUCAUUCAGAAUGCAAACAGUACUAUGGGUUCAGAUGGUAAGAAGAUUUUUAAAGGUACAAAUGGUUCUUUAAUGCUCAAUCCCAGAGGUAUGGAAAUUAUAUGUGUAUUUUUAGUUUAGAUUUAGAUAUAAAAUGCUGACAAUUUACUUGGCAAAAAAGAGCAGAGGAAAAAGGGAGGGGAAACUUCAACAAACAAUAGACCUAACACAUACUGGUAUAUACCUGUAAUUGCCUAAUCCCCCGUUUGUGCAAUAAUUUGUAGAUAGAGAAUAAUCCAGAAUAGAUUCAAAGUAAAUAAUCUAAUUCAUAUUAAAGGAACAUUAAAGAAUAAUCAUAUUCGUUGGUUUAAUUUUAUAACUGAUUUUUUUUCAUUUAUGUGUUGUUGAAAUUGACGUGAAAAUGUUGUCAUUGCUUUUUCUCAAAUUAUUAUGUUUUGUUUACUCUGAGUACUUAAAACAAUGAUAUACUCUAUUUCUGUAUAUUCCCUGUUCUUACAAACCUAUGUGGUGAAUGUUUAGUCAAUGUGAUAGAGAGUGACUGGAAGUUUAGCUAUGUUCUGCUGUCUAAUUUUUUUCAUUUGUAAUAUCAUAUUACAUUAUAAAAAAUCC